UUUUUUUUUGUUUUUUUAUAUAACCCUAGUUCCACACCUGUUUGCAUUUUUCGUGAUUUGGUGAAAUACCCGGCAAAUUUUCCUAGAUUUUCAUUCAAAAACUAAUAACUUCCUGUUCAAAUAUUACUUAUUUAAAUUAAAUUAACUGAUUUUCUGUCACAAAACGUACAAAAAUAAGUGAAAAAGAUUCAACUUCAAUCUUAAAAAUGGCUCGCAGUACUCAAGAACUAGCUGGCUUGCUGCGGGGGCUGCAAAUAAUUGUCAACGCUGUUGCUAAAGAGAAUCAAACUCUCUACAAGCAUUUGUGGUCAAAUUCUAGUAUUCGUGAGCUCAUCGAAGGUAAUUUAGAUUUAAGCCGUAAAUAUUUGGAGAAAGUAGCAACAAAUCCCGCCGAAGAAUUAAAGAGUUUACAAUCUCUGCUCAAGGAAACCCAAGAGCGAACCUGUGUCGUCGCUGAGGGUGUCAAACAGUUGAAUAAGAUUCAAUUGCCUCAGCAAAUGAAUGUCGAAUCAAUUUUAAAGAUGAGUCAGAAUAGUAGCCAAGGUCAAGGUCCCGAACCAAAUCCAACAAAAAAUCCGCAACAAUUUGCAACUGAUGCUGCCAACUUAGACAUCUCCUCAAUUACUCUCAAAGAACUCGAAAAGAUUCUCUCGAAGAGAAGCAAGGAUCGAGAAGUAAGCCUUCGAUUAGCUACAACAAAAGUUGUCAGUGAACCACCUCAGCCUAUGGUUGCUGAGGAAAAGCCAACAGUACCCAAACCAAGUGUCUCCAAAUCAAUGACAGACGAUGAGAAAUUCGUAGGAAAUGUUUUGAAUAUCAUAAAAACUGGAGCUGCGGAGGAAACUUUCAUUCCUCCAUCGUCUGAGCAAAUAGUUCUUCCAAAGCUUAGCACUGUGGCCAAGCAGAGAAAGGUUCCUUCUAGUCGAAUUGGACGAAUGGCUACGUUUGGUGGUCUAUUCGCUGGUCUGGGUAUAGGGACCGUUAGCGAGCUAACCAAAGGUGCCUUGGGCAUGGGAGGGUCUAAAAAUGUAAAGGAAGCUCUGUUUAGCCCUGCCAAUGUCGACAAGAUAGUCGAUACGCUAUGCAGAGUUCGUGGAGCUGCCCUGAAAAUAGGUCAGAUCUUAAGCAUCCAAGACAACAGCUUGGUUUCACCGCAAUUGAUGAAAGCAUUCGAGCGUGUGAGACAAGCUGCGGACUACAUGCCCGAUUGGCAGGUAGAAAAAGUGAUGUCCGAAGAGUUGGGUGCAGAUUGGAGAAGCAAGCUGACAUCUUUCGAACAGAAGCCAUUUGCCGCAGCCAGUAUUGGACAGGUCCAUAGAGCAGUUUUGUUGGACGGAAUGGAAUUGGCCAUAAAGAUUCAGUAUCCCGGAGUUGCUAAGAGUAUUGAAAGUGACAUUGAUAAUCUUGUGGGAAUGCUCAAGGUUUGGGAUGUUUUUCCAAAGGGAUUUUUCAUUGACAACUUUGUUAAAGUUGCAAAACGUGAACUAGCCUGGGAAGUCGAUUAUCUCAGGGAAGCUGAAUAUACGGCAAGAUUCAAGGAAAUGAUUGCACCGUAUCCAGAGUAUUAUGUGCCAACUGUAAUUAAGGACAUGACCACCGCUAGUGUACUUACAACAGAACUGGUUCCUGGAGUGCCUCUUGAUAAAUGUUUCCAAAUGAGUUAUGAACACCGACGCAUCAUUGCCGAAUCGACUCUAAAACUCUGUUUGCGAGAGCUUUUUGAACUACAAUGCAUGCAAACAGAUCCAAAUUGGUCCAAUUUCUUGUACGAUGACAAAUCGAAGCGACUUAUGCUUAUCGAUUUCGGAGCAACAAGGUUUUACCAAAAGGAUUUCAUCAAAAAUUACCGUCAUGUUAUAAUGUGUGCAGCUAACAAUGAUCGGAAGGGAGUCUUAGACAUGUCUCGUGAAAUGGGCUUCCUCACAGGCUACGAAUCAAAGCAAAUGGACGAAGCCCACGUUGAUGCUGUUAUGAUUUUGGGAGAAAUAUUCCGAUAUGAUGGAGAAUUUGAUUUCGGAUCUCAAAAUACCACACAAAGAAUAGCUACACUUGUUCCUACUAUGGUCGCACAUCGAUUGUGCCCUCCUCCAGAAGAGAUAUACUCGAUUCAUAGAAAAUUAUCGGGAGUGUUUUUGUUGUGCUCACGAUUAAAUGUUAAGAUGAAUUGCAAACCCUUCUAUAAAGAAAUCAUUGAAGGAAAUUAAGUAUUUUAAUCAAAUCCUAUAAUGUGUUUAGUUAGAAAUGAAUAAAGUGUUUUUUUUUUUAAGUUUUAAA